AUGUGGGACGUUGGAGCCCAAGCUCUGGAUGUCAGAGUCAUUAUUCUCAUCCUGACAACUGGUCUGACCAGCCGAGCCUUUCAAAGCCUGGUAGACUGGACGUGUCGUGCAUUUCGCACCACAGAUCAAUUCGCCAAAUUUUUCUACAGCGACCUCGAUGGCGAGAGCAAGUUCCAAGAGGUUCAGGCCACCGUGAGGUGGUGGCAGCGUGUCGUGAUUGCUAUCUUGACAACCAGUGCAGCAGUCGUGUCUUUGUCACGGGCCGUUGUCGCUUCAACAAGAGAGGAAUGGCUGCACUGUUAUAUCCUGAGUCUAAUGCUCAUCCAUUGUGUCGCCCUGCUUGUGGAGUCACGCUGUACUGUGCGGUAUGCGCUAGGUCUGCAACUGAGUUUGAGUUGUCUCCUGGGCUUGGUCUCUGUCGCAUUCGAGAUUGAGGCAUACUAUCCUGCUCAUCGUGAAGCCAUCCAGCGAAGACUGAUUGGGGCCGAAGGUUGCUGUCUCCUCGCCACGGCGGCACUCUGCGUGCUGCUUCCCCGUCGACCCGAUGUUUAUCAUAAUGAAAUGAUGGUCGACCGGGAACUGUCCACCUCGAUGCUCAGUCGGCUUACAUUCAGCUGGGCCAGGAAGAUUAUCCGUCUCGCUCACCAGGAGAAGGAGCUUGACCCAGCUCACCUCCCAGCGUUGGACCACAGCACACGAUCACAGCGUCUCCAAGAACUCUUUAGCGAAUGCCAAAUGCGCCAUCAAGAAUCACGGUCAGACGGCCCUAACACGCCAGCACCGAUGUGGUGGAUACUCGUGCGAUCUAAUCGUGCAAAUCUUCUCGGGGCGGCGAUGUUGUGUCUGCUCCUGGCGCUGCUGUCCUUCGCCCCGCACAUGAUUCUAUUGCAUAUGCUGCGAGUCUUGGAAUCUGAAACACCAGAGAAGAAAGACCCCGUUCUGUUGGGGGCAUGGGGACUCUUGCUGGGGUUGGCGAUUGUUUGCUCGUCUGUCCUCGAACAGUGGGUAAACUGGAUUGCAUAUAACAAGAUCUCGGUCCGAAUGAUCGAGCAGAUAUCAAUCAUGGUUUUUCACAAGGCUAUGCGUCUCCCCGGGUCUAAAAGAUCCGACCGCGACGACGAGAAGGAGGGCGGCGCUGCGAAAAGCACCAUCAAUCUGGUCGCAGUUGAUGGCCAGCGGAUCGGUCGAUUUGCUACGUACUUUUAUCAUUUGGCACUUGCCCCGAUGAGGAUUAUCAUUGCUUCAGCCAUGUUGUUAAGAAUCUUAGGCUGGCAAAGCUUGGCGGCCGGUCUUGCAUGUAUUGCUGUUUUGAUGCCAAUGGUCAUUCCCUGCGGCCGCAAGUACGCGGUAGCUGGCAGACAGUUGAUGGCCGCACGAGAUAAGAAAAUGGAUCUUCUCACCGAGAUGCUUCACGGGAUUCGCCAAAUCAAAUUCUCUGCACUUGAGGACAAAUGGGCGGAUCGGAUCGGAUCAGUGAGAAAAGAAGAGCUCGCUGGUCAGCGCCGCAUCUUUAUAUCCAAUGCCGGCAUCAUGUCCUUCUACAUACUUGGCCCAAUCGCCUUGUCUGUCGCGUCCUUGGGCGUGUAUGCGCUGCUACACAAUGGGCUAACGGCUUCCGUCACUUUCACUGCUACAUCAAUCAUGGGCUCGAUAACGAUAUCAUUGAGUGUACUUCCAACUCUACUCUCGAACGUGAUUGAUACUUUGAUCAGCACACGCCGCUUAGAUGAGUUUUUCGCUGCCCCUGAAAGAAUACCAAACCUGACUCCAGCCGAUGAAAUUGCUUUUCAGAAUGCCACGAUUGCAUGGCCUGGUGCCUUGACAUCUCCCAAAUCUACCUGGUCUCUUAAAAAUCUCGAUCUAGAGUUUCCUCGGGGCAAAUUGAGUCUGAUAUCUGGGCGAACGGGAUCGGGCAAGAGCCUUCUGCUGGCCGCUAUACUGGGAGAAUGUGAUAUCAUUACAGGGCAAGUGAUGGCCCCCCUUCAACCGCAGCCAGAGACUUUAUGGCGUACGUACACAGACAGUGGGAAUUGGAUUGUGGACUCUGCCACGGCAUUUGUGGCUCAAGCGCCAUGGAUUGAGGCUGCAACCAUCAAACAGAACAUCUUGUUUGGUCUCCCUUUCCGUGAAGACCGGUACAUGGACGUGCUUUACGCAUGUGCGCUAGGAAAGGACCUGCAAACCUUUCCCGAUGGUGACCGAACAGAGAUUGGCGCCGACGGAGUCAACCUGAGUGGUGGACAAAAAGCCCGCAUUUCCCUCGCCAGGGCAUUAUACUCUCGCGCUGGUAUCCUGGUGCUGGAUGAUAUCUUCAGUGCAGUUGACGUUCACACCGCGCAACAUCUGUACGAGCAUGCACUGACUGGAUCUUUGGCUGUGGGUCGAACCCGAAUUCUCGCCACGCAUCACAUCGGUAUUUGCUUGCCUCAGACUGAACGUAUCGUUCAUUUAGAAGGUGGAGCGGUCGGAUUCACUGGCGUGGCUACUCAGCUGCAUGCUAGCGGAAUGCUGGACAGCCUACUGCGCUCUUGCAAAAUGGAUGAGGAGCCAGACGGAAAGGGAGAUUACACAUUGAAAGAUAUGCCUUCGUUUGCUCUCGAGCACCUUGCUGAGUCCAGUCAACCCACAGCAUCCCCGGGGGAGCAGUUCAACGGUCAGACACCACGAACUUUCUUGCAAAAAGAGCGAGGCAAAACAGACAAGUCCUCUCUGCAGCUUUUCAUUCAGUACAUCACUGCCAGCGGGUCAUGGUGGCUAUGGGGUCUGGUUGCCACUACAAGCGUGACGUAUAUGCUUCUCAUCCUAGCGAGAAGCUGGUGGCUACGUGUUUGGAGCAACCAUGACACCGACGCCGCUUCCGCCAUCAAUGAACCAGGUCUGGCGGUGGAAAAUCUGAAGUUCUACUUCGGUAUUUACGUCGCUUUCGCUAUAUCUGAAUGGCUUGUGGGUUCAAUGGUCAACGUGUUCAUCUUCUUCCCUGCGCUGCGUGCAUCGGAGCGUCUUUUCCAGCAGUGUCUACGUGGAGUACUUAGCGCCCCUCUCCAAUGGCUUGACGCCGUCCCUGUUGGCCAGAUUUUGAAUCGCUUCUCGGCUGACUUGAACAUCAUCGAUUCUCGAAUCUGUCUCUCUUUGAUUCAAAUGCUCGCCGCUGGCUUGGAGUCUGGCAGUGUCAUUGUCGCUGGCGCGAUCGUCAACCCCCUCUCGAUCGUCCCCAUUGUUCCGCUUGCGUCUGCAUGUGUCUAUUACAGCCGUGCAUAUCUCGUUGCAGCCCGGGAGAUGAAGCGCAUGGAAAACAUUGCUCGCAGCCCAAUCUACGAGAAAUUCAAUUCUUCUCUCACUGGACUUUUGACCAUUCGCGCCUACGGGAAACCCCAUAUCUACAUCGAGCAAAUGCAGCACCUUGUGGAUGGUCAUGCUCGGGCGUACUGGCAUCAGUGGUUGUUGACACGCUGGCUUGGAACGAGAAUCAACAUCAUCGGCGCCAUCUUCACCACGUGUGUCGCUGUGCUUGUGACAAGCCAAAACGGAGCAGAUGCAGCCGCGGCCGGCUUUGCGAUCGGAUUUUCAAUUCAACUUUAUAGUGCCAUCACUCUGUUGACUCAAGUCUACACUAGCCUGGAGUUGGACUUGAAUUCCGUCGAUCGAGUCCUGGAAUACUCUGAUGUGGAAUCAGAACGGUAUGAGGGCAUCGAUCCACCCGCUGCGUGGCCAACCGAGGGCCGCUUAGAGAUUGCCAACCUGACAGUGAAAUACGCAUCUGACUUACCGCCGGUGCUCAGGGGUCUCAAUAUCAAUAUCAAGGGUAAUCAGCGCGUCGGUAUCGUUGGCCGAACCGGGGCAGGCAAGUCAUCGCUCGCUCUGGCCCUCUUCCGAUUCCUUGAAGCCAGUCAGGGUCAAAUUCUCAUUGAUGGAAUCGACAUUGCCAAGAUGACAUUGACCCAGUUGCGUAGCCGACUGGCUAUCAUCCCUCAAAACCCCGUGUUAUUCUCAGGAACUGUUCGAUCUAAUCUAGAUCCAUUCCAAGAACACGAUGAUGACGAACUCAUCUCUGCUCUUGCACAAGUAAAAUGUCCAAGCUCUACGGCAGAACUUCCAUCAUCAGAACUCGACAUGCCGGUCUCUGAGAGCGGGUUGAACCUCUCUCAGGGCCAGCGACAGCUCCUUUGCCUCGCCCGUGCGAUUGUCUCCAAUCCCAAGGUUCUCAUACUGGACGAAGCAACUUCUUCGGUCGAUAAUGCGACGGAUGAGAACAUUCAACAGGCAUUGCGGGCAAGAUUUGGACGUGGAUCGUCAACGCUACUCGUAAUCGCGCACCGCUUAAGCACGAUCGCCGACUUUGAUCAUAUCUUGGUCUUGGACCGUGGCAUGGCAGUAGAGUCAGGGUCACCUCAGGAACUGAUCAAUAUUGAGAACGGUAUAUUUCGGGCCAUGAUUGAGAAGGACUCUGAAAGCGACCAACUGCUUCAAGUUAUCUCGGGUUGA